GUUUACCCUGUUCGUUCCACAACUGCCAUGGCCAAGAGCAAGACCAAGAGCAAGGCCGUGAAGCGCAAGGCGCCGCCGCCACCGCCCGUCACGGUGCACUACGACGACGACAGCAUCAACACGCUCUUCGAGGCCAUGAGCGUGGUCGCCGUCCGCUGCGACGACGACGAGCGCUUCUACGUGGCCGAGCUCCUCGACGACACGACCGAGGAGAUGCUCGAAGACGACAGCGCAACGGUCAACGUCCUCUACUACGACAAGAAGCCCGAUGGCUCGUACGUUGUCGGGGCCUACGACGUGGCGCCGGUCCGCGCCAUCAUGUGCGAAGUGGCGCUUGAAGCCAAGCGCGCAGGGACCUACGCGCUCCCAGCUCGCCACGCCCAGCGGGUGCAACGCGUCUUGGAUGCUGUUGAGGCCGGGAACGGCGUGCCCGAAGAAGAGACACAGCCCAUCAAGAAGCGCAAGACCAAGGCGUCCAGCGCUGCCGAAGACGACGAUAAUGACGACGACGACGACGACGACGGUACCGAGACGACAACGAAGAAGUCACCCCGCGGCAAGCGCAGCCGCGCAUCACCCAAGAGCGCCAAGACUAAAAUCGACAAGAAGUCGGGUUUGGCGCGCUGCAUCGUGCACGUUGCGACGGACGUGGCCGACGACGAGAUGGCGGGCGACCAUAGUUUCCGUUCCAAGUGCCAUGACGUGCUCGCAAGCGCCAAGGAGGUGGUACGUGCGGUGCUCACGCGCAAUUACGACCUCCUCGCAUCGCUCUUGACGCCGGACGCAGCCGCCAAGAUGCACACGCUCCAUGCAGUGCGCAGCGUAGGCCUGCGGAAGACGGCGUUGCAGUAUGCAAUCGAAAACAACGACAUGCUGGCGCUCCUUUUGUUUCAAAGUAUCAAGGAGACCAAGUGGACGUUUGCCGCCAAGCCUAAGUGCGCACUGCAAUCCCUUGGGACAGGACAGCACACGAGUGCGUACAGCGACUACAACCGACGCGCCAUCAAUGCGAGUCGCGGAGGCAAGGAAGGGCUCAACGCGCUGCUCAAGGACUUGGACGUGGACAUCAUGGGCGAAGCCUAUCCCUUUGUGGAUUUUGACCGCACCGGCCUCAGCAAGGUGCUGUGGAGCUCGCCCAACACGACGUACGAGCUCGUGGUGUUCUUCUACCCCGCGGACGCGUGGGUCUCGAACGCGGAGGCGGUGAUGCCGCAGGUAUUCCGCUGCGGCAAUGUGGCGCUCGCGACCAAGCUCCUCGGCAUCCUCGUCGCUCGCUCUGGCUGGGGCUACAACGCGCUGCACCUUGGCGUGCUCUCGGACGCGCCGCUCGAGCCCUUCCGGAAGGUCUCGGUGCUCAAGAAGGCGACGGGCCAUGGUAUCGCGCCCUUGCACGUGGCCAGUCUCGACCCAAACGCGCGCCACUUGGGGCAGCUCGUGGCCGAGCUCAGCACGCCCGAACUCGAGUUUGCCGACAGGGCCGGGUGGCACGCUGUGCACUACGCCGCCGUGUGCUCCUCGUCGGCGCCGAUGCGCAUCCUCCUCGAUGCCGGCGCCGACGCGACGUCCAAGACAACGGCCAAAGAAACGCCGUUGCACUGGGCGAGCUCGUCGGGACGCACCGAGACGUUAAAGCUGCUCCUGGAGUCGAUGCCCGCCGAGAUGCGCUCCGGGUAUCUCGAGGGCCUCAGUCCAAACGGGUUUCGCGCAUUGCACAUUGCCGCUGUGCGCGGACACGCGGCCGUCGUCACCGCGCUCCUGGACGCCGGCGCCGAGAUCAACGCAGCCACAGCAAGCAACCACGGCAAGCUCUCAGCGCUGGCGCUGGCUGCCGAGGCAGGGCAUGCGGACGUUGUGGGUGUCUUGCUCGGCGCCCGCGCGCCUGUCGACAUCCGCGACAAGCUACGUCGCACGCCGCUCAUCCUCGCCGUCAUGAACGGGCACUCUGCCGUGGCAACGACGCUUCUGAACGCCGGCGCCGACGCGAACGCAGCCGAUACGUCGCUCAAUACCGUCAUGCACUACGCUGCGAGCUACGGGUGGCGGUCGUGUGUCCGGCUGCUGCACAGCGUCGGUGCCGAAGCGUGGAGCCGGAACGACUGGGGCUACACGCCAAUGGCCUGCGCGGCGCUCAAGGGUCGCUAUGAUGUCUCGCGCUUUCUCAUCGACCACGCGACGGACGCUGGCGCCAUCGAUUUUGUCGACGCCGACGGCGCGUCGAUGCUCUUUCUGCAGUGUCAACUGGCCGAGUCAACGGACGAACUCACCUUCUUGCUCGAGAAGGGAGCCGAUCCGAACCGCGCGACGACGGAGGAGCGCACGCCGCUCCAGCAAUUGCUUCAGCGUCUCGCUAACAGCGAAGAGGCUACGAAGCCCGUGCUGCUAGAGAUGGUGACGCUUCUCCUCAAGCACGGCGCCAUUGUCGAUGGCCCAGUGUUCGAGAAGCACGGUCAACCGCUGUCGUUGGCGAUACGCGCCAAGUCCAAGCCCGCAUUCGACCUGCUUCUCUCCAAGGCUACGGUGACGGCAGGGACGUGGACUGCUGCGGUGACGUCUGGCGCCGAGUUUGUCGAGGCCCUCUUGGCCGCGUCCGACGGCAUGAUUCCUUUCAUGUCGACGCCGUAUCGCCACAACUUGUUGCACGCACUCGCAUCGGCGCCCACGAUCCUCCCGAUUGCAGUCGUGACGGCGGUCGUGGCGCGGCUCGACAAGGCGGCGUUCACCGCGUGUGACAGCGACGGCGACACGCCAAUCGCCGAUCUGUUGCUAUAUCAGCGACCGAUGCACGCCGAUGUCCGCCGCGACGACGAGGCUGGCGACGCAGCCUACAUGGCGCUCUUGGAGCUCUACUUGCAGCACACGCCGGCCCUCGCGCGUCUCCGGCGCAUGCGGACGCUGUCGAGAGAAAAGGCAUCGGACGAAGUGGUGUGGGCACCAUCGACACAAGGGCUUUUGCACAUGGCGGCCGCCCGGCGACUGGCAACGACUUCGGAGGGUGCGCAGCGCUGGCGCGGCAAGGACGUCCUCGCGACGCUUCUUUCCUGUGGCUCGUGGACACAAGACGAUGUCAAUGCCCUCGAUGGCGACGAGUCCCCGCUGCUCGUGGCGGCCAAGCACGGUCAUGUCGACGGCGCUAGAGCACUGAUCAAUAUCGGUGCCAACGUCAACUACUGCGUCCCCAUCAAGCCCACGACGACGACGCCGGCGUGCACGCCUCUCCACGCAGCGCUCAAUUGCCUGCCAAUGGUCCAGCUGCUCCUCGAGAACGGCGCCGAUCCGUCGUUCGCCGCCACCGACAAGCCCAAGAAUACGCCGUUGCACGUGGCAGUGGACCGCCGAAACACCGAGUUGGUCGACCUGCUUCUCUCGUUUGGCGCCAAUGCUGUGCUGCAGAACGAACACGGGCUCACGCCACUCACCGCUGCUGUUGCCGCCGGCCUUUCCGUCGAGCAGACCCUCCUGCAUGCCAACGACGUUGACUACACGACGACCGUGCAGCAAGGCGACGACUGGGACUUUGCGUGUCACAAGGCCAAACCGACCGAGGCGCCGCCGGCCCGGACCGUCGUCUCUGCGCUCAUUCGCGAGACCACCAAGGCAGCGAUCCCGGUGCCCGACGCCCAGGGGCGCACGAGCCUGCACUACGCGUGCAAGAAGCGCGACAUUCACUUGCUCCGGGGCCUCCUCGCGCUCUCGUCUGACGCCAUCAACGUCACCGACGUCGACGGGCGCACGCCAUUGCACUUUGCCGUGAACGCGGCACCGAUGACUCCCGAGGCCACGUUUGACGUGGAGAGUCUGCUCUUGCAACACGGCGCCGACGUCAACGCGAUUGACCGCUUCGGGUUCUCGGUGCUCCACUUUGCGUUUGUCAAGGUCAACCUCGACUGGCACCACCAGCACAGAUCGCUCUCCCACGCUGAAAAGGUCAAGAAGCACGAAGCCCACUUGGCGACGAUUCCGAGAACCGAUACGGACCCGAUCGAGACAGUCGGCAGUCUCUGCCUCGUUGGCGGUCUUGUUGUCACGGGUCAGGACGUUCUCGGUCGCACACCGCUGCACCUCGGUGCCGCGACAGGCGCCGUCGUCAGCGUCCUCGGCAUCCUGCAUCUCGCGCCCAAGACCAUCCUGGCGGUCGAAGAUAAGCGCGGCGACACGGCGCUCGGCCGCGCGAUGGCCCACGAGCGCAAGGCCAUGGUCACGACGCUCAUUCAGCACGGUUCGUCCGUCCACGGAACCUUUACGGUCGAGAACCCGUCGAUGGAGAAGAAGCGCAAGGCAAGCUACUACUUUUUUGCGGUGCAGCAAAAGUGGCAGGGCAUUUGCCACCUUCUCCUCCAGAGCGGCUACUGCCGGCGCCAAGCCGUCGAAGAUUCGAUCCGGACGCACAACUGGGAGCUGACAAGCAACCUCAUCACAAGCCUUGUCAACAGCAGCGAUCGUGUUCUUCAGCACCCCAACGACCGCGGCGAGACUCUCUUGCACAUUCUCGCGGCCCAGGACGUCGCGUUCUCUGGUGCUGCGCGCGCUGUUGCGUGGCAACUCAUAGACGCGGGUGUGCCCGCGGAUGCUCUCGACAAGAACGGCACCUCGGUGCUCCACGCAGCGGCGCCCCACGCGCACCUGGAAGCGCUUUGCUUUUACUUGCACCACGCACCGACACUUCUCAAUGCGACCAUGGCCAGCUCGGGGGCAACGCCUGUGGUCCACGGUCUGCGCACCGUCACCAACGUCGAUCUCGCAACCAAGCUCGUGGUGUUUUUCAAGCGUCGGGGCGCCGAUCUCUCGCUGCGCGCCAACGACGGCCACUCGGUGGUCUCGCUGCUCCUGGAUCGAUUCAGCAACAACAGCAGCACGGAUGCCACGCGCCUGCUCUUUUUACUGCAACUGCUGCUUGCUGCCGGUGUCUCGCCCAGUGGCCGCUUCCCGACGUCGCACCCGUUGGCGGUCUCCCGCCAUGCGAGCCACGACAAGCUUCUGCACGCGACACCACUCCUGCGGACUCUGUAUGUGACGUCGGGUUACUUGCGGCAGCAUCUCUUGACGCUGCUUUUGGCGCACGGCGCGGAUAUCACUGAGACGGACACGGACGGCAACAGCUGUCUCGCCCACGCUGCCAUGCGCAACCUCACGGACGAAGCCAAGUUUUUGGUCGGCAAGAGCGUCACGGCGACGAUCCAGCGCCCGCUUGUCGCCACGGACAAGACGGCCGCGAACACAGAGACGACAGAGGCAGCCUGCGACAGCAGCGUGUCCGGCAACGACGAGAACGAUGACGACUAUGACGAUGCGAGUGCCUCGGACAGCGAUGAAGACAUGGGCAGUGGCUCGGACGACGAUGAAGAAGAAGAAGUCGAGGACGAGCCGAUGGAAGAUGUCGAGAAAGCAAGACCCACGACAACCGACGAGGAAGAGGUCGUUGUCCGCCGACCUCCGAUCGUCGUGCGCCGGAAGCUGCCGGCGGCCGCCCUGCGCAAACUCGCCGGUCUUUCCAACUCGUUUGGCGAAAAUGCACUGCACGUCGCAGUGUACCCUUGCCAUGGGAUGUCCUUUGAGAACGUAUUGCUCGUAAAGCUGCUCAAGAAGAACGGCGUCUCGACCACCGCGACCGACGUCGACGGCCAAACACCGCUGGACUUGGCCAAGACGCAACCGUCGGGUGUGCUCUGGACGGCGCUGACGUCGACACCGCUGCCGGCGACCGGCGACGUCCCGUCCUUUGCGCCCAAACCGGCUGUCGACGACGACGCUCUCGCGUUCCUCGCCUACUGCGAAGCCCACGGCCAUGUCGCGCACGAAGAGAUCACGCCCGAGGUCGCGCCGCAGUGUGAGGCCGGCAACAACCCAUCCGUCUAUGUCGAUGCCGACAAGGUCGCGUACGCCGUCGUUUUGACCAAGGUCGACGUGCAGUCAGGCCAGCACGGCGUCAACGUCUUUUACCGCAUGCAGGUCGUCCACAACCCGGUGCAGGAUGUGUACAUUCUCUUCACCAACUGGGGUCGCAUCGGCGAAGACGGCAAGUACCAACACACGCCGUUCCCGGACGCGGUGAACGCCGGCAACGAGUUCAAGAAGAUCUUCAAGUCCAAAACGAGCAACGUGUUCCCGCCGACGCCCGAGACGCCGUUCGUCAAGAAACCCGGCAAGUACAUGCUCUGCGUCGCCCGCACGCAGCGCGCCAAGUACGACAAGGUCGUGACGAGCCCGAUCCAAGUGCCAACGGACGCGCCGGCUUCGGUGCACGCGCCGCCCGUGCAGGACGCCCUCGCGGCGAUUACGGACUUGAACUGUCUCCACGAAGCCGCCAACCACCUCUCGCUCACCGACGUGCCGCUCGUUGAGCUUCAGAGCGAUGCGCUGCAGCAAGCUUUGCAGCAGCUCCAUGAGAUCCACGACAUGAUCGUCACCAACGACAAGGUGCUCUCCAACGUCCAAAACAGCGGCGGCCUCGAGCCCGCGGCGCUCGCAGCGCUCACCGACGAGUGGCGCGCCGCCACCGAGGCCAUCGCGGCCAAGUGCAGCCGGUACUUUGAGUGCGUCCCGCGUGACGAUGCGACGGCCGCGACCGAGCUCGCCGCUUUCCUCGACGUGACGAGCGUUCAAAUGGAAAUGUCGCGCGUGCGUCAGCUCAUUGAAAUCGCAGCGACGAGCAAGAUUGUGCUGGGCGCCAAGGCCCGGGCGCACGAACGCCACCCGCUCGACUACUGCUACGACGCGCUCCAGGUGCAGCUGCGGCAAAGCUCCGUCGCAGAAAUCGACGCAGUCCGCAAGUACUAUGUGCAAGGUCAUUGCAACAGCGGCUACCGCGUGGCCAAUGUCUUUACACUCGACCGGCGCGACGAGCUCGACCGCGACGCCGACACGGACGUGCCGGGGCACCGGACGCUCUUGUGGCACGGCACGAAGCGCACGAACCUCAUGAGCAUCCUGCACCGCGGACUCUGCAUUGCGCCGGCCGAUGCGCCGCGGACGGGGCUUGCGUUUGGGAAAGGAGUCUACUUUGCCGACGCAGCCGCCAAGAGUCUCCAGUACUGCACGCCGUUCACAACCGCGGACAACAAGAAGACCAAGGUGUACCUUCUCCUCUGCGACGUGGCGCUCGGGACGCCGCACUGCGUCCAGAGUUCCGAGUACCGCGAGUCGGCGGCCGACGGCACCCACAGCACAUUUGCCGUCGGGUGCACGCAACCAGAUCCCAGCGAGACGCUGGUCGUCGCGGCUACGGGGCGCAGCAAGGUGCCGCUGGGUGACCUCAAGGCGCUCGGGACAGACCUGCCGCGGUCGUUUGUGUGGUAUGCCAAGCAGCCCAAGAACGAAAACAGCAAGUAUUUCUCGAACCGGACGACGCUGCGCGGGGAUGCCGCCGCUUUCCUCCAACGCUUUGCUCGAGGCGUCCAGUCGCGAAUUGACGUGACGGAACCGAGUGAGCUCCUCGAGGGUCUGUUUGUGUACUACAACUACUAUGGCCAGUCCCACACGCCGACCAAGAUCUCGGUCGAUGCCAUCGCGCGCCAGCGGUGGCCCUCGGGUGCCCUUCAUGAGGCCCACUUGCGCCUCACGGUGCACUUUACCGUCGACGACGAUACGUAUGCGUUCGACGUCAUCGGACGCAGCGACAUGUUGGACGGCGUCGAGAUGCCAACCGGUUACGACUUGCAGUCGGAGAUGCCAUCGCUCUCGUACAGCGAGUACAUCGUGUACAAGGAGCGCCAAGUCCGCAUGCGCUACCUGGUCGAGCUCGAGCUCGAGACCAAGUAGAGUUCGUCGCCUUGUGUAUUGAGUGCUUCUCAAGUUACAUAGUUACAUGUAUUUUCGUCGAACGAGACUUGACGUCUUCAGAGCCCAGCCUUCCGAUUCAUGCUGGGAGCUAUAUAACUAUCGUGAAUCCGCUGAAGACAGAGGGA